GCCGCGGCAACUCGCUCCAAGUUCCCUCCCUCGCGCUCCGCGAAGCCCGCCUGAGCCCUCCCACUCGGUGCAGACCGAACCAUCGCGGCCGCCGCCGGCCGGGCCCUCCACGGCCUUGCGUCCCGGGCCGCCUCGGCUCGCGCGGGCAGCUCCGUAUCCGUGGCCCCGCGGAGGCGGCGCGAGGACUCGGCGGCCCCCGCGGCCCGCGCUCGGCCCUCCGGCGGCGCCGGCGGCCCGGACCCCGUGUGUGGCGGGCCCGACCUUCCUACCCGUCGUCCCCGGGAGCUUGGCGCCCGGCCGCGGACCGCACCGCCCGGGGCCGGGGAGCGCGGCCGAGAAAUCCCCAGUUGGGCAUCCGGAGCGCCUACCCUGUUCUUUCUGCAUCUUGAAUCGAGCGUUAACAGGACACUCUAAGGUCUGAAGGGGAAAUAAAAGAUAUUACAUGCUGCAGAGAGUAGCUUAAGGUAGAAAGGAUUCCCUGUGACUUCUGCCUACCGUCCAUAAAAUACUCAUUCCUCUCUCAACUCUGCCUGCAGUCGAACACAAAGACCUGGAGGAGACUCCCACGUCGUUCGGGGAGAAGAAAGGAGGCGGCCGGGCGCAUCAGAGGAACUCGUGGCUCGUGGCCUUCCGGAGAGGGGGGCGAGCGGAUCGGAGGCGGGGGGCGCGGGGGGGCGGUCGGCGAGCCGUGAGAUGAGGCGCCGCCGCCGCUGCUGCUGCUGCUGCUACUGCUGACGACACCCAGACCCCAGGCUCCGUGCGCCGCCCUGCGUGCUUCAUGUACAUGUGUCUGCCCCGCGCACCCGGAGGCGCCCAGACGAGAAUCCAACACGGCUGCCGGGGAGAGGCCACCCACCAUGCCCACGGAGACGCUCCAGACAGGUAGCAUGGUGAAGCCGGUCAGCCCCGCGGGCACCUUCACCUCGGCCGUGCCCCUGCGCAUCCUCAACAAAGGCCCCGACUACUUCCGCAGGCAGGCCGAGCCCAACCCCAAGAGACUCAGCGCGGUGGAGAGGCUGGAGGCCGACAAGGCCAAGUACGUCAAGAGCCAGGAGGUCAUCAACGCGAAGCAGGAGCCCGUGAAGCCGGCCGUGCUGGCCAAGCCGCCCGUGUGCCCCGCCGCCAAGCGCGCCCUGGGCAGCCCGACGCUCCGCGUGUUCGGCGGCCACGCCAAGACCGAGAGCGGCGUGCAGAGGGAGACCCUGAAGCUCGAGAUCCUGAAGAACAUCAUCAACAGCUCGGAGGGCUCCAGCUCGGGCUCGGGGCACAAGCACAGCGCCCGGAACUGGCCGCCCCACCGGCCGGACUCCGCCGACCUGCAGCGGCACUCGUUCGCCGAGUCCCUGAAGGUGUACCCCACGCAGGGCCGCGGCAGCCCGCAGGAGGGCGGCUCCCACGGGGGCCGGCGGCUGCUGGAGCCGGCGGCCGAGUCCUUCCUCCACGUCUCGCACAGCUCCUCGGACAUCCGCAGGGUGACCAGCGCGAAGCCCUUGAAAGCGAUCCCCUGCAGCAGCUCCGCGCCCCCCCUGCCUCCCAAGCCCAAGGUCGCGGCCGCGGCCACCGCGAAGUCCCCCGAGGCCGACGCGGUGGAACCGGCCUGCGGCGUCAGCCGGAGGCCCUCGCUCCAGCGGUCCAAGUCGGACUUGAGCGACCGGUAUUUCCGGGUGGACGCGGACGUGGAGAGGUUCUUCAACUACUGCGGACUGGACCCCGAGGAGCUGGAGAACCUCGGCAUGGAAAACUUUGCCCGGGCCAACUCCGACAUCAUAUCCCUCAACUUCCGCAGCGCAAGCAUGAUCAGCUCAGACUGCGAACAGUCUCAGGACAGUAACAGUGACCUUAGGAAUGACGACAGUGCCAAUGACCGGGUGCCAUACGGCAUCUCUGCCAUCGAAAGAAACGCGAGGAUCAUCAAGUGGUUGUAUAGCAUCAAACAAGCCAGAGAGUCACAGAAGGUCUCCCACGUGUGAGACAGAAAGGCCGUGCGAAGGAGGGAGGGGUGGGUCUCUGUCUGUGCAUCCGCAGUGUGAAGGGUGUGAGGUCUCCUUGAAGUGUCGUGAGCUUCUCCACUCUCUUUGUGUUGCUUGUUGUGCAAUGUUUCCAAGUUGCAUGCCUGUCAACAUGGGGACCGACCCGGCUUCCACGUCCACCAUCGCUGCAGAGCCCGGCUGAACGCACGUCACCUGCCAAGAGUUUGCGGCCAGAAUCCAGAAUCCAACUAGGGCUUCGAUCUUUUGAGCAAAACUGUUUACACGAAAAACGGUAGACAACUUCUUCGAUAUUUAUGUGGUUCUUGUGUUUUUCUAUCCCGCGCUAUUGUGUCUUAAUUAAAAAUCUUAUCCACUGGCUUUUAAGUUGAGAGGAGAACCGUUUCGAAGUAAAAAGCCAAUUUGCCUACACGCGAGACCCAGACAGUGGGGAAGGAAAUGGGAUCUGCUACCAAACGGAUAACAGUGACUGACCUGAGUGAGAGAACCAGGCUGGGUUUUCUGAGGAAGAAAAGCGGUGAGCCUGAUGUUAAGCGUUCGCGUAUUGGAAUUCUCCUGCCACUCGUUAAAGUAAUGGGGCAACCGUGCUACGUUCUGUGUCCAACUCUGUGUGUAAAAUGUUGGUGCUUCUGUGUAAUACUGACCCCGAGGAAAGACAAUCAGAUACAACGAGGGUGAUAAAAUCUAGGAGUCCAGGGGUUGAGGGUUUUGUUGAUGUUCUGAUUUGGGUUGAUUCCAAAAAUUCCUACUAUUAAUCUUUUGACGGGAAUGGCCAUCCUAAAGCUGAUACUAAAUGUCUUAAAAAACAAAACAAAACAAAACAAAAAGGUUUUUGAUCAAGAACUGAUUCUAUGCUGAUUCUCUUCCCUCUCUCCUCCCCUUCCUGCGUUGUUGAUUUAUUUGGGGGGGGGGGGGGCUUGCACAGGUUUGAGUUCUCUGAAGACAUAAACACAAAUGGAAAUACCAGCCAUAUCAGUAUAGAGCCUCCCAUGCAGAAGUGAAUACCUUCCGUAGCCGAACCAUAUCCGAGCAGUGCGAUUGUGUUGUCUUGCCUAUGUUAUUCUCUCAGGCUGUGGACCUUUGUUACAGCUCUAGGAAACUGUAGAGACAUGAUGCCAUGUAGCUUCCCACCCCCACCCCCCCACCCCUGCCUUUGGUCUCUAGUGCUGCCUGUCAACUUGUUCCCCGUUUUCCCCAGUAACCUGUCCCGCAGGUGGUUAGUUAGCUGUGGACCAGCUGAUAGUCGCGGUGCGGUCGCAGAGAGGUAAACGUGUGGCAGUCUGCUUCGUUGCUCUGUACUCAUGCCCCGAAGUUCUCAGCAGCACUACCUUAGACUUCAUCGGCUAAUGGGAAACUUUUUAUGGUGUAAAUGCUGUAAGACUUUGUACAUACUUCAGUUGUUAUGAAAUCUUUAAGAAACAACAAAAAAAAAAGUUACGCUAAUAAAUAGCUCUGGUGCAGGCA